UCCCUUAGAUAUUUUAGUUUCUUUUGCCUUCGAAACUUACACUUCUUACACAACAAUUUAAAUAAAUUUUAGUUUUCUUAAACACAAGACAUGGCCUUAGAGGCCGUUUGCGGUAUGAACCGAAUUCCUUUCAUGAGGCGCUUUGACGAUUUGCAGUCCGAAUGGCAACAGCAGCAAUUUCGUGAGGCCACCAGUAACUUUGAGAAUCCUUAUGCACUGAUGGCGCCGCCCUUUGAAAGGCCUGCAGAGAAUCUGCCGAAGAUUCUGGCCCAUUGCGGAGUGCGAAUGGAGUUCGAUCAUGGCACCACCACCUUGGGUUUCAAGUACCAGGGAGGCGUGAUUCUGUGUGCAGAUUCGAGAGCCACAUCUGGCCAGUAUAUUGGCUCGCAGACAAUGAAGAAGAUAGUGGAGCUGAACGAGUACAUGUUGGGCACUUUGGCGGGUGGAGCUGCCGAUUGCGUCUACUGGGAUCGAGUUUUGGCCAAGGAGUGCAGGCUGCACAAACUUCGCUAUCGGAAACGCAUGACUGUGGAUACGGCUGCCCGGAUUAUUUGCAACAUCUCCACGGAGUACAAAGGCAUGGGUCUGGUAAUGGGAAUGAUGUUGGCUGGCUUCGAUGACGAGGGUCCCAAGUUAAUUUACGUGGACUCGGAGGGCAUGAGGUCACAUGGUCAAGUAUUCUCCGUUGGCAGCGGCUCCCCAUAUGCCCUUGGGGUCUUGGACACUGGUUACCGUCACGAUCUCACCGAUCAGGAGGCCUAUGACUUGGCCAGGCGAGCAAUUUAUCACGCCACCAGCAAGGAUGCAUAUUCGGGAGGGAUUGUUCGACUCUACCACAUCAAUUCCGAGGGCUGGCGAAAUAUCUCUAACACGGAUUGUGCUGAACUCCAUGAUUCGUAUUGUGGAACUGGGCAUCCGCAGAACAAUAAAGAUUCCCAGGAUGGCGCUGACAAGGAGAUGCCCUGCUCCAGUGCAUGGACAAAAAGAAAACUUGCAGAAGACAAUAUCCAGACUAAAUUAGCAACGGUGUAAGAAUUUGGAACAAUGUAGGCUUAAAUUGUUUAAAAGUAGUAACUCUUUUCGUUUAUCACUAAAUAAUAAUAAUACUAUUAUUAAACCUCAAACAAGUUAAAAA